GAUGCACUCACUCCCCGCCAGCCCCGGAGCCGACAGCCUCGCUGCUGACAGCUCUCGACCAGGAGCCUCCAUUCCCCAAGACACCUUCUUGGCUUUCGGCCUCGGGGCUCAUCCGAGCCCGCUGUCAGCCCUCACCCCACGCCCGCAGGUGCUGCCAACACCCCGAUCCUGCUGCAGAGCCUCCAUCCUCGCCAGCCUUCCUCCUCCUCCUCCUCUUGCUGCCCUCGAGGGCCUUGAGCAGCCAGCUGAGCUCUGCCUUGCAGGCAGCAGGAGCCUGGGUGGUGCCGGGCCCAUCUGCCCUGUGCUGCAGCCCCAUGGCCGGGAAUGCUGAGGUGGCAUCCCUGGAAGAGAGCUUCCGCAAAUUCGCCAUCUACGGCGACACCAAGGCCACGGGGCAGGAGAUGAACGGCAAGAACUGGGCCAAGCUGUGCAAGGACUGCAAAGUCACCGACGGCAAAAGCGUCACCAGCACCGACGUGGACAUUGUCUUCUCCAAGGUGAAAGGGAAGACAGCCCGCGUCAUCAACUAUGAGGAGUUCAAGAAGGCGCUGGAGGAGCUGGCCCCCAAGAGGUUUAAGGACAAGAGCAAAGAGGAGGCCUAUGAAGCCAUCUGCCAGCUGGUGGCAGGGAAGGAGCCCAUUAACGUUGGUGUCACGAAAGCCAAGACAGUAGGAGCUGUGGAGAGGCUGACGGACACCUCCAAGUACACGGGCUCCCACAAGGAGCGCUUCGACGAGAGCGGCAAGGGCAAAGGCAAGAGCGGGCGGGAGAACAUCGUGGACACCAGCGGCUACGUCAGUGCCUACAAGAACGCGGGCACCUACGACGCCAAAGUCAAAAAGUAGGGACGGGUGCCCGUGGCGCCACCGCCCCGGUCCCUGCGCGCCGGCCGUGGGGUCGGUGCACAGCCCCGGGACGUGCCCGUGAGCUGGGGCCCGGGAGGCUGCGCUGGGGCCGGCCUCGGGCUGGCGGGAUGUCGGCCCCCAGCGCUGGGGGGAUUGAGGAAGGCGCCUGGCCAAGAGCUCUGCCCCAGCGCUGCGCCGUGCCCCCCCCGUGCUGCGAUCCCCCCGCCCCUCCGUGUCCCCCGUGCUGUCACCGCCGCCCCACACCGCACUAACAGCACUGCUCCUCAGGGCUCCCCUGCCCCGCCGGCACCCACACCUUCCCUACCUCAGCCCCGGCUUUCGGGGCACCCUCCCUUGUCCCAGCGGGGACCGCCGCCUGUCCUCCCCUCCGUUGACCUGCCUUAACCCCGCAGCAGUUCCACCGCAGCCGCCUCCUUCCUUCCCCACCGGUGCCCUCCCCUCGACGCUGCCUGGCUCUGCCGCUUGCCCGGCACUCGAGGCUCGGACCCUGCGGUGCCGUUUGCGCCGGAGCUGCCGGGAUGCUCCCGGCCCAGCCCCGGGAUGCACCCCGCGAGAGUUUGGAGUCUCCUGGCCAUCGGUAAAGGUCUCCGACCUGAACCCCCGUGGCCUCCCGCUCCCUUCGUGAAGCCCAAACCAAAGGAUGCUGCAGGCCCGCUCUGUAACCCGGCUCUGCAAUAAACCCCGUCCGCACUGA